AUGACGACUCUCAUUACCACCAUUCGACAGCCGCUGGAACUUCUUAGCAUGAACGACCAGCCAGCGCGCCGAUCAAAGCGCCAGCCGGCCGCCGAAUACGAACAGGACGACGAUUUUCAAUUUGUGCGGAAAUCCAAAAAGGCGAAAACCACCGAAGAGCCGCCAGAGCCGGUAGCUCUUCCUGUGAGGAAAUCGGGAAGAGGGAGGCCACCAUCGGCAGCGAGCGUCGCGGCGAAAAAUCGGUCGGCGAGAGCGUCAGCUCGUGAUGAUGAUGAGGAUGUGGAGCUGAUCGCGGCGCAGAAGGCUUCGAAGGCGACAACAGCGGCAAAGAAGGCGUCCUCUUCACGGCGAAAAGCGUCGUCCAAUGACGCGAUCCAGGAUGAACCGCCUGCGAAGGUAUCGAAAAGAGGGACGAGAAAAAGCUCACGAUUAUCAAGCGACGAUGCGGCACCGGAAGAGCAGCAGCAGGCGCCUCCUCCGCCACGGACAAAAGGCUCAUCGAGCAGUCAGGGCCGUGGCAAAAAGACGGCGAAAUCAAAAGCACAACCACCACCCGUCAUACAGGAGGAAGAGCUUGAGGAAGACGCUUCGAUAGUGGAUUCGCCAGUACACGAGACAUCGACUGAGCCAACUAAAAUUAAGCUACCAAUGAGCGACACGCCAAUAAUCAACCGCAACAAAGAAAUGCGCAAAAAAGGGGGAACCAGUGGCAGCCGCAGAAGCAGUCUGGGGUCUCGUGGACGAAGAGCAAGCUCAUUAAUUGAGAGCGGGCAGACGGCGAUUCCCCAUCGCGAAGUCAGCACUGCUGCGUUUUACAAGCAUAUCGAGGCGGAUUUGCUGGAGCCGCGACGGAUGAAGCAGCUGUUGAUAUGGUGUGGCGAGCGGGCGCUGUCAGCUAAGCCGCGGGGGACACUGAAUUCUGGCGCAGUUCUUGGAGCCCGUGCAAUUCAAGAUCAGCUGCUUAAAGACUUUUCGUCGAGAUCAGAGUUUUCAGAUUGGUUCAAUAGAGAAGAGAAGGUGCCCAAAGCACCAGUCAUAUUGAGGCCGAAUCCUAGAAACAUUGAGCUGGACGAGAAGCUGGCUACUUUGGAAGCGAAAGUGAAGAGAUUACAAGAAGAAAAGAAAGCGUGGCUAGCCAUACGGAAACCAGUACCCGACCAGCCACCUCUAUUCACGCCACAGGAAAAAGAAGCAGAGACAAUCGCAUUGCCCGAUUUUGACUUGUUAGACCCCGAUGAAGGUCAAAUCAGAGGCUUUCUUGUUGAUGAAACAAAUACCUUUGCCAGCAUACGAUCACAAACACAAGCACGAUUACGGCACAUCCAAUCGUCCCUCGAAUUCGAAGUCGAUCAAUUAACAGACAGCGUACAUAAGCUGGAACAGCGAGUCAAGGUAGCGGGCAAGGAAGCCGACAGAGUGCUGAGCCUAAGUUCUGUGAGAUUACGGGAGCGGGAGGAGAGGGAGAGAAAGAGCGUGGGAACUAAAGAUAUGCCCAUCAUGAUGGUGCUGAGGAGUUUGAGCAGCAUACUGCCUGAAGGAGGGGGAUGA